AGAUAUUUUUAGAUAUUUUUUUUAAUUUGGCAAACUUGAAUAUGCAAGCAAUUAAUACUCGAGAACAAUUUGAGAAUUUUAUUAAUUCUGAUGGAAAAUUUACAAAAAUUGUUCUCUUCUCGGCAAGUUGGUCAGAAGCUUGUACUGAUUAUGACAAAUUAAUUUUGGAAUUAAAAAAUGAGAAGGAAUAUGGAACAGAUUAUGAAAUUGGGAAAUUGGUAGCUGAGGAAAAUGAAGAAAUUGCUAAAGAAUAUCAAGUGAAUUCUAUCCCGACGAUUUUGGCUUUUCAGUUAAAUGAACGACUUAAACGUUUAAUAAAUAAAGAACGUUUGACUCUUUUUAUGAAGGGAUCGCCAACUGAACCAAAAUGCGGCUUCAGUCAACAAAUUGUCAAACUUUUAAAAGCCCACAACGUCCAAUUUUGGACCUUUGAUAUUCUUCUAGACGAACAAGUCCGUCAAGGAUUGAAAAUUUAUAGUGAUUGGCCUACUUACCCACAACUUUAUCUGGAUGGUGAACUUUUGGGAGGUAUUGAUGUGGUAAGAGAAGAAAUGAAAGAUCCUGCUUUUGUUGAAAAAUUGCCCAAACUUGUUUGA